GCUCUAUGUUUUUUCUUCAUAUGAGUGAGAAGCAUUAGAAACCGCAUACAAUAAAAAAUUUGAGAAAAUGUCACUAAAAGAUCUUGAAAACAUUCUCUUUACCUGGAAUUUUGAACAAAAAUAUCUGAAAGAUCAGGACAUUUUCAGGAAAUUUUUUCACUAGGUUUAUAUAGACACCUUGAAAAUAAACGAGAUAAAUUUUCUCUUAAAAUAGAGAGAGACGGGGAAAAACCACACACACAUGAUGUGGUAGUUAAAGUGUGUUAGUAAAAGUGAAAUUGUUGGGCAGAAGGCAAGUAUCGCGGACAGUCACGCUUAGCCGUUAAAUACGCGGCGAUAUGCGCCUUUGUCUGCCUCUCGCGCGCUUCUAUAAAUAAUUCCGCCGAUCGUUGAAACGGUGCGGAGGCGCCGCACAUCUCGUUGUCGGUUUCGUGGAGAGAAUACUCUUCGCGGAGUUUGGAUUGACGUCUCAUCCGCUACGGAAUCCUCGAUCUAAGUCGAGAUCACUCGACUAAAGGAUCUAUAGAGAACGUGAUUGAUUAAAAUCGACAGCUGAUGACAUUACGUUUUUCUGAAAUCAAAAGGCUCUCGUGUUACAAUGGCCUGCGAUCUCCAAAUCACGCGUGUGAGAAUAUAUGUGUGAUAGGGUGAAACAGCGUAGGAAGGAUGCUCAUCACCAAGUACACCACGAUCCUACUGCGGUCCACCAAUCAGCACAUUAUCAGGAGCGAUGUCUUCCUGGAACCGUACCUGCAGCAGCACGGGACCGUUCAGGUGGUCAGCUCGCCGAGCACUUCACCGCCGAAUCCGCUGCAGCACCGUCAACUUACGCAGCUGCAUCAUGUACAGAGUGAAGAAUCACUUUCAUCGGAAGGAUCGGCCACUUCGGGAGGAUCUUCGGGAUCUACGGAAAAUUCUGGAAGCGAGGUGGCCUGCGACAUUACCCUGAUCGAAAGACUUAUACGCUCUCAUCCGAUCUGGUUUCUGCCAGGCAUCCAGAGAGCCGGGGCCUUCCACUUGUUACAGGGCAAAGAAGAGGGGAAUUUCGUGGUGCGACAAUCGAGUCAGAGUGACACAAUGGCUCUCUCGGUGAGAUUACCGGCUGGGAAGGGACCAUACAUUGAGCAUUACUUGAUCCAGGCCAACAAGGGCAAGCUAAGCUUGGAAACGAGCGAGAAUAGAUUCGACAAUAUCCCUUCACUGAUUGCUCACUAUUCGCAGUGCUGUGACGAGCUGCCAGUGCAGUUGAUUCUGCCAAGGGCGAUGCGGGAAGCGAAGAAUAGGCAGCAAUUGUCGUCACUGGCAUUGCUGGGCCAGGAAUUUUGGCGAUAUCCUAUGGCAAAUCCAAAGCCACCGGAAAGUAGUAGCAGUAAUACCUCUAGUCUCAGCAGUUUCCAUGGUGGUAACAAUAACCAUAAUAAUAACAAUAAUAAUAACGGGGACACGCCAACCACGGAGAGUAUAGUGCUCAAUCUGGCCCCAAUAUCAUCUCAUAAUACACACACCCCCUCUCCGACGAAUACUGUUAACGCAAACACAUCGACAUUCGCAUCAUCGUUGCCACGUCAGCCGCGUCCAACUCCGCCGAAUACUCUCAAUCUGACAACCUUCAAUGAACCUUUGAGUGACAACAAAAGGGACCGGAUCUUAUCACCAAGUGACAAGCUCUCUCAUAAAUUGAUCUCGCCGAACCUUGUGCAAAGCAUACGAUGCCCAUCACCGGUGGUCCACAAUGUGGAGAAUAACGUUUUGAGUCCUGCGCAAGAUAUUAAGAGCUUUGACACUCUGAAGAACGGCCUGGACACACCGAAGUCGACGACGGUCGAGUUCAUCAAGAAUUCAGAGAAAUUUAUUUCUACCUCAAGCUUCCAUCAGAACAAUUUGUCAUGUACCACCUCACCAGAAUUAACGGAUAUUAGGAACAUUGUUGUUGAGAAUGAUAAAACUACGCAAAAUGUAAAGACACCACCGCCGCCGCCACCAAGAUGGGCCAAGCCCGGCAUCAGUCAGAAUCAAAGUAAUUUUACCGUGACUACGACAGUGACCUUCAACGUGAAUCAGAGUAACGGCUUGAAUUCGCAGCAAAAUACACCAUCGGACCCUAAUACGUCAUUGUUGAGUCCUCAAUCUAACAAAUCUCUCACUUCCAACUUUUCUAUCAAAUCACCUCUUUCACCUAUCACACCAAUUUUAUCCCCUACCUCCAAGCUAAUCUCGAAAACACCCAGCGUACUUUCUCCUAAUACUCCCUCCAGCACUAGUAAAUCAAAAAGGCGGCGUGAUCGCGAGAACCGGAAAAACUCCCAGCAUUAUCAGGAGUCGGAUAUCUUGGAAUCAUACUAUCGCAGCUCGCCAGCUGACAAGAUUUCUGACUACGAGGAUAUCUGGAACACGACCGAUCAGUCGACGCAGUCAACCUGGAAUGACAGAUUGAAAGAAAAUAAGAUUGUUUGCACCCCGCAAGAUCGUUUGAGGAAUUCCAAUGACCGUCUGUUGAGUCCCAAAGAAUCCGAAAGAAGUCUUGUUAAUGAAAGAUUGCCAGCAGGAGAACAGAUGAUUUUAAAAAACGAUAGGUUUAUCUUAAGAAAUGAUAAAAUAGGGUACAAGGAGAUGACAAGUCCAGAGUUUAGUAGCUUCAAGCCUGUUGCAGAAAUGAAAAGUCCUGAUCAGAGUUCACUAGAGGAGAAUGGAAUGGGGAAGAGACCCGAUCUGCUAUCCAGAGUUUGCAGUGCCAAUUCAUUGAAUAGUCCAAACACAGUGACGCCUCCGAGAAAUAAAUUGGGCCUUGUUCUGGCAAAUUCGGAGAGCAACAGUCCCCUGACCCCGGAAUCUAAACAGAGUAGUCCCUUUUAUGCUGAACCAGCCGAUGCUAUUGCUCAGAAUGUUGCUAUAGUUCCGAGGAGACGACAAACCAGAAAUAAUCCAGCGAUAAAUAAGUAUCGACAUAGCGAACCAGGUUGGUUACAAGCUCCGACAGGAAACAAUUCUAAUCAAUUGCAUCCUAUCGACUGCUGGGAAGAACCACCUGAGGAAACGGAAGAUAAAACGCCAUUAAUUUCAUCGUCUGUCGACAAUCUGGCAAAGAGAUUGGGCCAAACUAGAGAGACGAAGAAGAUUCCUCGGGCAAAGCCCGUUCAGCCACCGAAGAUAAGAACUAAAGUGUUCAAUGAUACCUCUUGGACGGUGGAUUCUAGUUGGGAGUUUAUCGGCAAUGACGUGGAAGAGCCAGAGUGCGAGCCAGACUACGAUUGUGAUGCCGACUACGAUGGUGACAAUAUUGCGAGAAAAUUCCCGGGUGACGAGGAGUGCAAUAGAAACAUGGUUGGAGACACUUUGACAGUUCAGAGUAUAAUCCUGCAACGAUACCCGGAAUUGUUAAAGUCGCCGGACACGUGCGAAUCGCUAUAUAGCGACCGAAAUUCCUCAUAUGACAACGUAGAAAAGCGGAACAUGGACCGUGAGGAUACGCCAGAUUCACGAAAAGAUCGCACGUAUGAUCCUUCUGAAUGGGAGACUAUGCUGGAUACGGAUGUGGAGACCGACAUAGAAAAGGUCAAACGAAACAAAAGUUUUAAAGAACGACUGGAUCCUCUUUUGUCACCGCCACGAAUACAAGCGCUUUCGAGAAAUCGUGAUCAACAGAGUGGAACCGGGGCGGCCAUCAGAGCUUACGCUCUUCAACUUGCGGCUGACAAAACCACGACCUUUUCGCAGAAUAUCGACAACUUUAUUCAAUGCACGCGGGAGAGUAAAGAAGUGACUCCUCAUAUAGUGAUGCGCAACAUGCGGCAGUUCAUGUCGGGUAUGAAGAAUUACUUGGUGAAGCACGGUGAGCGCGAGUUUGAAAAGGAAGUGGAGAAGGAGCGAUUAAAAUUGCGGCCAAACGAGUUCCUCAAUCUCGACGCGAUCCUCGAGGAUGUGAUGAUGGGCCUAGUAGUGAGGCCCCUGCGAGAACACGUUUGUCGGCUGUUCAUUGAUUACUAUGUCGCCACUGGAGUGCUACAGACCCUGGCAGAGAAUAUUCAGCACGCCCAGGGCAAGACCAUUCAUGAUCUCGGCGUUCGAUCGAAGAUUAUCCCCCCUUCAGAGGAAAAUCUGGAACGCAUUCUCAAGUGCAUUGAGCGACUGCAAAGAGCUGACUCUCCACUUGAAAAACUGGAGCAUUUAUUGACAGCCAUUUCGGCCAUCUUCAACUCUGUGAAGCAAGCUAACUCUGGUAGACACAUUACACUGGGUGCCGAUGAUCUUUUGCCACUGGUGAUCUGGGUUUUAGUACGCGGCAAAGUAGUGGACGCGGAAAUCGAGGCCGAGUAUAUGUGGGGCCUGUUGCACGCUUCUCUGUUAAAUGGCGAGGGCGGCUAUUAUUUGACAACGCUAUCGAGCGCGGUACAUGUUUUAAAGACUUUCAUGUCUAGCCAAGGCACCAUGUCUACACUGAACGGAUGUGGAACGCCCGAUUGUUCGUCUGUGCUGCGGAUUUUGGUACCGAAUGAGCUACACGGUUCCCUAAAUACCAGAACGCUUCCGGUACGACCUAACAUGAACACCAGGGAAAUCUGCCGCAUUCUUGCACAUAAGAUCAGAUGUACCAAUCCUCAGGACUACGGGCUUUUUAAGUUGGUGCAAGGAGAAGAAACAUUACUUGGAGAUCAUGAAUGUCCGCAGGAACUCUCUCACUGCCUUUUCGCCUACAAACGGAUCGACGCGAAAAUAGCGUGGCCCAAGACCAGUUCUUAAAAGUUGCGAAGUAUUUUAAUUAACAUAAAAUUAGUCUCUCUAGAUAUCAUCUAUAAAUCGAUAUCGUCUUUUCCAAGAUAUAAGUCAUAUAUCAUGGAAAGUACAUUUUCUUUUCCACUAAAAUAUCUUUUUGAAUGUCGAAUUUAAACAAGCAUUUGAGGAUUUUUUUUUUUUUUUAAUUUU